AUGAGGGCCGCGCUAGCAAGGACCAUCCGCUGCAUAUGUCAUCAGACAGUUAACCCACCAGGAAGGCUUUGUUUAAGAGGAUCUGUGUUGCAGAAUUCUGGUAAAUUCAGCCAUCAUGUGGGAGUGUGUUCUUUCUCUUCGUCCUCGUCAACUAUCCUACGGAGCCCUUUUCCUGACGAAGACAUCGCUGAGGCCCCUUUGGCUGAACAUAUGCUCCAUCGUUUCUUCUCGCUGGGAGAUCUAGAUGCCUUGGUCGACUAUGACACGAAAGAGAUCUACACCUUCUCUGAGCUGUCCGAUGCCGUCGUAGCAGUCGCUAGCAGCCUCACCAGACGGGGAUACGUCAAGGGAGACGUCAUCGCGGUCGUAACUCCCAACAACGUCCACAUAACAUCACUGGUGCUCGGCGUGUCGGCGAUUGGAGCAACUGUUGCCAUGAUCGAUCCGACGUCAACCCCAGAGGAGAUCUCCCGUCAGCUGCACGGCUGUGGUGCCAAGUGUGUGGUCUGUAGCCAGCCUCUCGUCUCUCUGGUCAAACACAUGUCUCAAACACAUGGCAUCAAGGACCUGUUUGUGCUGGGCGUGGCCGACGGAAUGACGUCAUUCUCCACCCUCCUGGAAGACGACGGCCGGAUGUUCCGUGAAGACGUCGUCAUCGACCCCGACAACGACGUCAUGGGUCUCUUCUACACCGGCGGCACCACGGGGCCACCUGAGGCGGUCAUGCUCACCCACAGCAACAUCGUGUCAGCUCUCCAUCAGAUCAGUACGUUGAAAAUGCAUGUGACUAGCGAGAGAUACGGUGUCAUCUGGUGUCCGUUACCGGACGUAGCACCUCCUUGA